AUGCAUGCAUGUACGCGUGUACGUGAGAAACGGCGCGUGUGCGUGUGCAUGGACCUGAGAGAGAAGCCCCCACCCACCCCCCGCCGAAGGAAAAAAAAAAAAAAAAAGGAGGGGGAGAAAGGGGGGAACAACAACAACAACAGCAACAACAACAACAAAAAUCCAGAAGGAAAGAAGGAAGGAACGAGGGAAGGACCAAAUAGGCAGCUGGCGCCCAACCGCCAACCCGCUGUCCAGAGAGCCGACCGCAGCACGGGAGCUCUGGGGGCGACCGGCGGGGACUCGUUGCCAGACAGGGUCCGUCCUAGUGCGCGUUUCUACACUCAGUCACCGACGCGGACAGGAGAACGGGACGCGACGACACUUCUCCAGAACGUCCCUGGGCGAGAAAAGGGAAACGCCACAGAGUGCAUCGUCCUGGCGAUCCGGCCCGGUGCCGAGGCCAGUUUGACCUGUGGACACAAGUCCCUCAGGCCAUUCGAUGCAAGCCAAGCAAGGAAGGCCCGGCCAGCUGGUCGACCCGCCGCUCCCUCGGCCCGGAGCCCAAGUGGGCCCCGGCCGGCUGGUCGACCCUUACUCACCACGGCGGUGGGGUGGGAAGAGCGCAGGGGCCCCGCGAGCACCCACGUGCCGCCAGCUUCCCUCUCCCUGCCGCCGGGACCAGAGGGAAGGGACACGUGCGUGCACGGAGGUGACAGCCGCGACGGGCGCGCUCCACCAGCCCCCCGGCCCCGCUCGCCCCCCCUGGGAAAAGGGACGGCGGGGCCGCCCCGCGACGCCCCCGGACUCUCGCCCGCGCCACGCCUCUCCCCCACACCACCCGUCCCAGCCCGCGGGCGAGGAGGCCCGCGGCGGGGAAGCGGAGGAGGGCGCAGCACCCCGAGCCCCGGAGGCGCCGUCAGGGGCGCCCCGAUCUCCUCCCUCUCCUCGACCCGCCUCCCCCCCCACCCCCCAGCUCCGUGGAGGACGGCGGCCCGUCGACCGCCCCGGGGGAGAGGCAGAGCGCCCGCGGAGGGAAGAGAGCGAGGGUGGCACGGACCACCACAACGCCCCGGCCCGCCGGCGGGCGGCCGGAGCGACAAACCCUUGUGUCGAGGGCUGACUUUCAAUAGAUCGCAGCGAGGGAGCUGCUCUGCUACGUACGAAACCCCGACCCAGAAGCAGGUCGUCUACGAAUGGUUUAGCACCAGGUUCCCCACGAACGUGCGGUGCGUGACGGGCGAGGGGGCGGCCGCCUUUCCGGCCGCGCCCCGUGUCCCGGGACGAAGGGCUCUCCGCACCGGACCCCGGUCCCGACGCGCGGCGGGGCGCGCCGCGCCGCGCCCCGAGGGACACGGGCGACGGCCCGCCGGCGGGGACGGCGGGGGACCGGCUAUCCGAGGCCAACCGAGGCUCCCGCGGCGCUGCCGUAUCGUUCCGCCUGGGCGGGAUUCUGACUUAGAGGCGUUCAGUCAUAAUCCCACAGAUGGUAGCUUCGCCCCAUUGGCUCCUCAGCCAAGCACAUACACCAAAUGUCUGAACCUGCGGUUCCUCUCGUACUGA